GCGAGGAGGCGCCGCCAUCUUGGGCCGCUGGGUCUUCGCACCGGUCGCUGGCUCCCCGAGGUGGGUCGGGUCGCGCCGCCUGCGGUCGCGGGCCUCGCCUCCUCUCGCGCUCCGCUGCGGCCCCACGAUGCCGCAGUACCAGACCUGGGAGGAGUUCAGCCGCGCGGCCGAGAAACUCUAUCUCGCCGACCCUAUGAAGGCACGUGUGGUUCUCAAAUAUAGGCAUUCUGAUGGGAGUUUGUGUAUUAAAGUAACAGAUGAUUUAGUUUGUUUGGUGUAUAGAACAGACCAAGCCCAAGAUGUCAAGAAGAUUGAGAAAUUCCACAGUCAACUAAUGCGACUCAUGGUAGCCAAGGAAUCCCGCAGCGUUGCCAUGGAAACGGACUGAAUGGUUUGGAAGGAAGAUGACCCUUCUUUGGAAGUUUCUUUUGGAGCAUAACGAUUGUGUCGUUGAGGACCCACCACCGUCGGGUACGGUGAGUGGAAUUCUGUGCACAGCAACACGCCUGUCUGUGGGCGAGGCAUCUCAGCUGUGUCUCCAAGUGAUCAUGGAACCAAGUGUGCUUGACCUAAAACGUUGCGGCUUUAGCCUGCAGUUUUUACCAUAAAGGAUUCGUAGUAUCAUUCGCUUGUUGAGCAGAUAUUUGCUUUGAAUCCAGCUUUCAGUGCCCGAGAACAACCGCAGUUACUUCAAGCGCAUGGUCACUGCUGUACUGAGACCACCGUAUUCCAGAAGGCCUUGCCACACGUUUCCCGUCUAUGUUUUCUCAGAAGGGCUAACGAUGUGACCCAUGAAGUCUGCGGGUGUCUGCGCCACCGCUGCCCGUCUCUCCCUUCACCAGGAUGUUGUGUGACUGUCACGAUGUUAUGUUGUCCGCUGAACCAGAAGUAUGAGGUUAUUUGAUACUCAUCGUAUAAUUGUAACCCGAGUUUCACCACCUAAAUGUUCGCGUGUUGCUUCCUAUGUUAAAAUAUUUUUUGUUAGGAAUUUGUCGUGUUGAACAAAUUUUAACCUGGGAAAUUCCGUCAGCCAUAUGACUUUUUUCAUGUUUCUGAGAAGUCUAUGAAAUAUUAUAUGGA